UUUGGUAGCUAGCUCGAUCGAUGGUUUUUGUGUAAAUGUUUAUCUCUUUUCAUCCGUUGCACGAUAUAUUUUCCCUAGUUUUGGAUUUUGUUUUGUCUUGUAUUUGUGUUUGGAAAUUGAUUACUGCGCGAAAGUUGACGAUAAGUUGAAUUUUUGUGGCUAUUUUAAAUAGUAGGGGCGUUAUUUUGAAUUAACUCUAGCCUUGAUUUUUUAUGCAAAUUUAUUCUGGCAUUGUGGUCCUUAGUUUUGAUAAAUUUGUUACCUUUCUCUAUAAGCUUGUAUUAUGCAGAUUUAAGUCAAACUUAAGUGCAAUAUCCGUACGUGAGUGUGCAUUGGAGAGAUAGUGAGAAAAGAUAUGCUGAGCAAUAUAGAUGGGAUGUGAGACAGGGUGGCCUUUUGACUUGUAGAGCAAGCUUGGCGUGAGUAUGUCAGACAUUUUGUCUUUGGAAAUCUUAUUAGUAGGAGUAAUCAUAGAGGAGAUCAUCUCGUUUUCUCAAUCUGUGCUCACAUGUUUGUUCCAUGAGGUAAUAUGAAGGCCUAUUGAACAUUUUGAAGACCUCAUUGACUUGUUUGGAACAUCAAGGUAGAUCCUUAAAUGGGUGAGGCCUGUUAUUUCUUCCACAAAGUCAUGGGUUCGAGCCUAACAAACUAACAUUGGAAAUUAGGUUACUUAUUCCAACGGAUUUGAGGGGUCCAAUGGUUCAGUUCAAAGAUUAGAGCUUGACUCGAGCAAGACAAUCCUCUCUCAAAAUUCCAAGAAGGCACAGUUUUACAUUAUUUAUUUAUUAUUCUUAUUAUCGAACGAAACAUACAUUAUGAUGGAAGGAGUGGUGGUUUGGUGGUGUUUUUCUUCUUUUCAUAGGUUAGGGACAAACUGUAUUAAUGAAUUUACUCUUAAUGAUAAAUGAUUUUUUGGGUUGUCUUGGCUGGAUUGCUGCCCUAUGUUUGAAGGCAAUAUAAUGUUUCUAUUGUUUGUUUAUGGGAACUGCUAUUGGAUUUUGAUGAUGAAGUUUUUUCUUUUAGCUAAACAUAUUUUCUUGUUUAUUACAUGAAGUCUAAAGAAAGAGCUGUACUGUUUAUGGCUUGUGAAUAGUAUUACUUGCUAUGGAUUUUAUCAUAUAUAUAUAUAUAUAUUGAUAUAUUGAUACAUUAACAUGUUUGUUGGUUUUCAUUGCAAUUGCUACAGUGAAGUAAGCUAUCUAUAGUAUUUUCAAUCACUCAGUGAAUGGACGAUUUUGAUAGGAAUUACAUUAUAAAUGAGAUAUACCCCAAUUAUUUUUGUUUAAUUGAAGUUGUCAUCAAACUUCCAGCAGCCCAUGGAAAGAAGAUGGAACCAAAAUGAGGGUGCUGCUGAGGAUCAGUUUCCUUUUGUGACAUUAUAGGGAUUUGCAUUCUAACUUGUCAAGAUGCAUUAAUUAUAGGUUGGGGAUCCUAAAAGGCCAAGACAGAGUAUUGGAAAUCUUGAACUCAUGAAGUGGAGAACUAAACCUUGAGUGGUAGGCCCAACCAUUAAUUUAAAGGAGGACUGGGAAUACAUUAUCUAUUACAAACAAGAAUUAUUAUGUGAAUUAAUCCGUGCUAAAUUGUUUAUGCAUUGUUAUUUCUUGUAUCUAUGUUGAUGUUCUUGCUGGUUUUCUUGAUAGGAAUCUAAACACAUCAGCAUGCACAUAAAAGCCACUUAAAACUUAUCUAAGGAGGCCUAAGCAUGCCAAGUUAGUAAAUAACCCCAAGGAGGUCAUGUCAAAAUAGGAGAUGAAGAUAGUAGGGAUGAAGUUGAUUGAAAGUGGCUAUGUUGCGAGAGUAGCGGGUAGGAAGUAACAUAGUUGUUUGUGUUGUUUAAUCAUUCUCUACUGGUUUAGAUGCUUAUGAGGUUUGGGUAUUUAUAUUAGCAGGGGGAACUGACUUGAUCAUCUAUACUUUGUUUUGAAUUAUGUGAUUAGAGAUAUUCUACUCUCCACCUUUUCAAUAGAGAAGUGUUAAGAUGCUUCACUCUGGUUCUGUAGCAACACCCUAAUCCCUUUAAUUACCCUGCUUCAAUCAUUUCCUAUGCUUCGAAAGGAUAAAGCUGCAAAUUUUAGGGAUUUGAGGGUCUCAUGUUCUCAUGUCCAUGUAUUUUUCCUUGGUCCAUCAGUGGUUCCCUUGGACUUGGUAUUGGUGUUAUUUAUAGUCUCAGUUUGUCUCAUGUGUGGCAGCGAAGGCUUUCCAGAGUGGUUGGUUUUUUGCAGCAAGUGUCAGGUCCAUGCAUUGCAUAGAUAUUGCCUUGAUGGGCCUACAAUUUUUGAUGAUGAUGUUACAUGGUUUUGUGAGGAUUGUGAACCUGAGAAGCCACAAUCUCUUGAAAAUUCCACAUCUCUCCCACGCAGAACAGGACAUAAUCGAAAUUUGGAAAGAGAUACAAUUGCAGCCUACUCGAAGCACAAGAAUCACAUAAAAAGAGUGAAGAAAAACUAUAGAAAGCAACAAAAGAUUAUGAAGAAGCAGAAGGAUUUAAAAGAUGCCUCUGGCUGUCUUGAUGAACCAAAGGUGGCAUUACCUAAUUGUUCUAAUUCAACUUCUCAUGGCCAUCAAAAUCACUCAAGGAGGUUGAAGAAUAACAAUCAUAAGGAAGAAAAGAAGUGUAUGAAGAAGCACAAGGGAACUACUGAUAUCUCUAGUUAUGUCAAUACAAGACAGGAGUCAUCUCCUAAUUGUCACACUUCUAAUCAUGAUCGAAUUUGUUGUAGUGAGCAUUGGGAUCAGACUUGGUGUAGUGAUAAGGAACAAAAGAAGUCUAUGAAGAAGCACGAGGAACAGAAGAAGUUUAUGAAGAAGCACAGAGAAAAAAAUAAGCUUAUGAAGCAGCUCAAGGAACAAAAGAAGCAUGAGGAACAAAAGAAAUUUAUGAAGAAGCGUGAGGGGAUUGUUGAUAUCUCUGGUUUUGUCAGUAUAGGACAGGAACCAUCUCAUGAUUGUCACACUUCUAGUCAUAAUCAGAUUCAAUGUAGCGAGCCAUGUGAUCAGACUGAGUGCGGUGAUAAUUUUGAAGACACUGUUAAUUCUGGCAAGGUGUCCGACCUUGUACAAAAUUCUAGAGUAUUUUUGAAUGAUACUGUAAAUGCUAAUAAACUAGGUUAUUGGGCUGAUGCACAGCCUGUUGCUCAACCAAUCUGGAGGGGAAGCUUCUUCAUCUGCAGCCAAGGUAUUAGUGGUCCCGUUAGGGGACUUGUGGCUCAUGCGUCCACUUUAGCUUGUUCCAAAGUUUUGGAUGAGACAAAGCUGCUCCCAGAGGUACUUUGUGCAGAUGUGCUUAAUCGAUCCACUGUGUGGCCCAAAGGUUUCAAGGAUUUGGGUCCAACCACAGAGAGUAUUGCUCUUUAUAUCUUCCCUGAAACUGAAAGAGAUGAAAAAGCUUUUGACAGGCUGGUUAAUGACAUAAUUUUUCUUGACCUUGCAAUAAGAGUGGAAGUUGUAAAUGCAGAGUUUUUAGUGUUUCCUUCUACCGUGCUCCCCACCCAAUGUUGGAGACUUAAUGCAAAGUAUUAUCUAUGGGGUGUCUUUAGAUCAAAGCAAGCUUCAAAGACAAACUGAUCACUGAUAUAGAAAUGUGCUUUGCUUUUUUUUCAAUCUUAUACUUUAAAGGUAGACUCGUUGAUAUGAUUCUAAUUCUCACAGUUACUGUUUUUUAUUUAUAGAUGUAGUAGUUGUGUCCACAGUUGUCUCUAAACCUUGCGCAAAAUUAUGGUGGGAUGAUAGAAAUUUGGGGUGGUGAAAAAAGCAAGCGUUUUGAUGACGUGUUUCCUUGUGGGAGCUUUCUUAUUUAGUAGGGAUGGCGAGAACCUGAUAAAAGUAGUUAGGGAGAAUUAAUUGUGCAAAUAUCUUGUUGAUUAUUACUUGUUUUAUUCUGCCAGUUCUAGCUUUUGUUUAGGGUAAUUUUUUUUUCCCACUGAUUUAAAUAUGUAAAUCAACUCUUCCAUUCUCCUCGAUUUAGACAUCCGUGGUUCCUCUCCUCAGGUAUUUCUCUAAACUUUGG